GAAAAGCAUAUAAAGUGUUAAAUUUUUGCAACUAGGAUAAGAAAUUGAUGAAUGUGCGUAAUUAAUGUGCAGCAAGACACAAUCAUCACGACGUGAAGAAACCACAAAAUACACGCAACAACAACAGCUUCAGCUCGGGCCGUGUAAGACAUGUUGACGCACAAAACUUGCCAGGCACGAAAAAAAAUGCAGGUUUCCUUUGUGAUACGAGACGCGGAGGAGAAACAGCAUCGGAACGGCGUGAACGCACUGCAAUUGGAUCCCAACAAUGGCAAGUUGUAUUCGGCGGGUCGUGACGCCAUUAUACGUGUGUGGAACACGCGCACGGAAUCCAACGAGAAAUACAUACAAUCGAUGGAACACCACAAUGAUUGGGUCAACGACAUUGUGCUCUGCUGCAACGGCAGGAAUUUGAUCAGCGCCAGCUGUGAUACCACUGUGAAAGUGUGGAACGCCCACAAGGGUUUCUGCAUGUCCACAUUGCGCACGCAUCGUGACUAUGUGCAGGCGUUGGCAUAUGCCAAGGAUCGGGAACAGGUUGCCAGUGCCGGCCUGGAUAAAGCAAUAUUUCUGUGGGAUGUGAAUACGCUCACAGCAUUAACUGCCAGCAACAACACCGUUACAACCUCUAGUCUCACAGGCUCGAAGGACUCGAUAUACAGCCUGGCCAUGAAUCCCUCCGGCACCGUUAUUGUCAGCGGUUCGACAGAGAACAUAUUGCGCAUAUGGGAUCCACGGACUUGCAUGCGUAGCAUGAAAUUGCGCGGGCACACGGAGAAUGUGCGCUGCCUAGUUGUUUCGCCCGAUGGUAAUCAAGUGGUCUCCGGCAGUUCGGAUGGUACCAUCAAGGUAUGGAAUCUAGGCCAGCAGCGUUGCAUACAAACGAUACACGUGCACAAGGAAGGUGUGUGGUCGCUGCUAAUGAGCGAGAAUUUCCAGUAUAUUAUAUCGGGCAGCAGGGAUCGUAAUAUCAUUGUUACGGAAAUACGCAAUCCGAGCAACAAGAUGCUCGUGUGCGAGGAGAAGGCACCAGUGCUAAGUCUCGGCUACAAUAUCGACAAGACAGGCGUGUGGGCAACCACCUGGAACUCGGACAUCCGUUGCUGGAAGCUGCCCAUGUAUGACAGAUGCAUCCUCACCUCUGGUGGCAUGGAUGCCCAGUGGACGCUGGGUGGUACCGAAAUGGCCUGUAUUAGAGGUGGUGCAGCCAUUAAGGAAUGCACUGUGCUGAACGACAAACGAUAUAUCAUUACUAAAGACUCGCAGGAUAAAGUUGUCGUCUAUGAUGUGCUGCGCGUGAUCAAAAAAGAAGAACUCGGCCCCAUCGAAUACGAAAAGGAAGUUAUGAAGCGUAAUAAACAAGUCUACAUUCCAAAUUGGUUUACGGUUGACCUGAAAACUGGCAUGCCCACGAUAGUUUUGGGUCAAGAGGAGGUUGAUUGCUUCUCUGCCUGGGUAUCCAUAGAAGCCGGGCUUCCCGAGUGCGAUGAUCCGACAACAGAGAUCAAGAUAAAUUAUGGCAAACUGUUGUUAGAGGCACUGCUUGAGUAUUGGACGCCACCGCACAGUAUACCGCCAAAUGAAAUGGAACCCGAUGUGCGCGGCAAUGGUUACUUUCAAGUGCCCAAACACACGCCAGUCAUAUUCAGUGAGGUCGGAGGCCGCACAGUAUGUCGGCUGUUGGUGCGCGAUGCCGCCGGUGACAGUGAGAGUACGCUGCUGCAUGAGACGGCGCCGCAGUGGGUGACGGACGUUGUCAUCGAAAGGAAUAUACCGAAAUUCCUGAAAAUACCGUUCUUCCUGCAACCACAUCCACAGAUGACCAAGCCGGAGCGCUCCAAAAAGGAUCGUCUGGUGGCCAAUGAGUUUAUACAGUGCCGCAAGGUGUGCGAGCAUGUGCUGGAAAAGGUGCUCAAUACAGAAACAACUCCCAGUGGUGGCAACGCAAACAACUCAUUACAAAAUAGUCAAAGCGAUGCCAAUUCGGAGGGAUCUCAGCUUCCAGCGGAAGAGCGCAUUGAGCUAUGGUGCAACGAUGUGGUGGUUGAUCCGAAUAUGGAUUUGCGUACAGUGCGUCAUUUUAUAUGGAAGCAAUCGACUGAUCUAACAUUUCAAUAUAAAGCUAAGCAGAACUUUAACUUUGAUGGUUCGAUCGGUGAUAGCUUGGAGCGCGUCACUCGCAAGUAUUGAAAGCGCGAAGUUGAUCCGAAUCUACCAGAGUAUUGUGCUUUACAUAUGGCGUUGCUUUCGACAGACGCAUGUGAUUUUUUUGUUAUUCAAAGAUGGGCUAAAAAUUGAUCUGUUUGAUUUGUCUGUAUGUAUGUCUGAGUAAUAUGUACUAUUUGUCGGAGUAAUAUGUACUAUUUGUUUGAGAAAUAUGUCUUUUGUCAUGUGUAUUUCAUCAUUUCUGUUCGUUCGAAAUUUCAAACACUGUUCUUUCAAGUUGCUGUAAUUUAAAUUUCAUUACAAAUAAGUACAUCAACAUUUUUUAAGUUGAAAAAAUUCUAUUGACCAAUUUCAUAAGGUUGUUGGAAAAUAAAUGUUCACAAAACAAGAAGUGCAUCGAAAUAUACAAAUUCUAAUUUUCGACCGAUAAC